CGGCUGCGCCGGCGCAUCAGUGCGGUCAUCGGUGCGGUCAGUAGCCAUGGGGUCGUUGAUGCAAGCGGUAGUCCUCGCGCUGGCGACCACGACGUUCGUGCUCGGCACACCACUCGUCAACGACUUAGAGCCAGGGCAAGAUUGGCCACCUAGAAACUCUGUGAGACAACCGUCUGAAAUUGCUGAGUCGGAAAGUGAAAAAGUUGUGAAAUCACCAGAAGUUCUAGAAAAACAACCGACUAAUGAGGUUCAAAAUAACGUAGAAGAUGUUGUAGUUAUCGAAGCUAGCAAAGAACCUGUAAAUGAAGUACCGCCUGAAGUACCACAAGCUGAACCUUUAGUAAAUGCACAGAGCGAAUCUGACAGCGCGCAGGUCAAAAGUGGGAAUCUCAAAAAUGAAGUGGAACGAGUUGAUUACACUGGGGCUCAAGUUUGGAAGGUGUCUACAGAAAAAACCGGCGUGAAGCAACUUCUUCGACAAUUGCGCCGUAAAAACUUGAUUCAAACAUGGGCUGGCAACGGUACCUAUAUCGAUGUUCUAGUAAAACCACACGCUGUGGAAAACGUUACGGAAGCCUUAAACAAGGAAAAUAUACGUUACGUCAUAGUAAUUGAGAACCUACAAAAGAUGAUUGAUGAAGAGAAUCCUCCGCUCGAUGAAAAUGAAGCUGAGCUCCAGGACAGGCGAGGACACCGAAUGAACUGGAAACAGUACCACAGACUGGAAGACAUCCAUGGGUUCCUGGACUACCUGGCCAAAACGUAUCCUGCUCUAGUCAGCGUUAAGACUAUUGGAAAAUCUCACGAAGGUCGAGAGCUAAAGCUACUCCGCAUAUCCGACGGCAAACCAACGAACAAAGCCGUGUUCAUAGACGGCGGAAUCCAUGCGCGUGAGUGGAUCAGUCCAGCAACCGUCACUUACUUCAUCAACCAGAUCGCAGAGAACUUUGACGUGGAGUCCGAUGACAUCAAAAACAUCGAUUGGUAUUUCCUGCCAGUUCUGAACCCAGAUGGUUACGAAUUCACACACGUGGGAGACCGUCUCUGGCGUAAGAACAGAAGAAGUUCCUACGGAGUACGACAAUGUUCCGGAGUAGAUCUCAACAGAAACUUCGGAUAUCGUUGGGGCGGCAAAGGCACUUCGAACAAUCAAUGCAGCGAGAUAUACCGAGGACCGCGCGCCUUCUCCGAACCUGAAUCAAAGGCUAUUUCCGAUUUCUUCAAGAGCUCUGCUGCCAAUUUCACUGCAUACCUGACAUACCACAGCUAUGGCCAGUACCUCCUGUACCCAUGGGGUUACGACAAUGUUGUGCCCCCAGACUACAAACAACUGGAUGCCCUUGGCCAGAAGAUGGCAGCAGUCAUUGAAAACACCAGCGGCUACAAAUACACAGUAGGAGCGUCAAGCAAUACCCUGUACCCGGCCGCAGGAGGGUCGGACGACUGGGCCAAAGCACAGGGAAUCAAGUACUCGUACACCAUUGAACUCUCAGACACAGGACGCUACGGCUUUGUAUUACCCACCACUUAUAUCGAACCAGUGGCCAAGGGCUCCUUAGCAGCACUAAGAGUUUUGGCCGCACAAGUUAAUAAAGAAUAAUUACAAUACAUGCCAUUAAGUUAAUAAAUUAGGAUAAGUAAGUUAUUUUAGAGUACUCAACCUAAAAGCAAUAAAUGGUUAUUGUAUGGAAAA